CUAGAUUGUAGGUUUGUAAUUCAUGUAGACAGGAGACUUUGGAACUUAAUUGCCGCCGACGGACAGACGAUCCAUGCGAUAUUGAUUUGCAACAAUUGCAAUAUUUAUUGGAAUCGUGAUGUCAACGCGGCGAAGAAUACGUUUAGGCAUCUCUGAAGCCAUCGAGGCGGGAGAGAGAAGGCCUGUUGAGUUCAGAUCUCAUCCUCGGACCACUUGAAGCGCCAUCUCCAAUAUGGUUGUCUCUCCUUGCCGAGAGACAAAAAGAUUCUACAGACUGUAUAGUUGGAAGCUCUUGAUCCCAUUCUUUGGCUCCUAAUGAGCUUUAUUGAGCGUAGCCGCUGUCUUAGUUGGAGACUGGGCUGGCUCCCCAACAACUACUCAGCCCAUUGCCUAUUACACCCUCUAUGCACACUCACUAAAGCCCACGCCAUUGAAUGUCUACAAAUGCAUAACCGCCUGCAACUUCCAACAACCGUUGUUGACCCCAUUUCUCAUUUGUUGAACCAACAACUCCACACUCGACCCUUAAAACAGCAUGCCAACGCCCCAGUUAAUUGGAGUAUAUCUUGGCCAAUUGUCCAAAUGCUUCUUUGUGAAAUCGAUUGUCUUCGGCACGAGAAAAUGCCCCCUACCCCGUCAGAAACAUUAGGACAGCCCUUGCUAGACUGGCUUUAUGCGCCCACUACGAUCAUUACUUGA